CUCCCCUCCUGCAAUCUUCAAGCGAUACCCAUUUAUCGAAGAACCCUAAAUCCCAAAUUUGAUCUCAAUUCAUAGCCGAGAAAUGAAGAGAGCCAACGACGACGUUCUAGACAAACUGGACGGUGCCAAGAAGCCAGUCUUCCUCACCAAAGAGGAGCGGCAAAAGCUCGCACUCCAGCGCCGUCAGGACGAAGUAGCGCAGCAGAAACGCCGUGCGGAGGUCCAGCUCCAAUCCAGCAGCGGCCACGACUCUAAACCGCCUACCUCUGACAGAGACCGUGAUCGCGAUCGAGACCGGGAUCGAGACCGCGACGGCGAUCGCCGGAACCGCGACCGUGACCGUGAGAGGGAGAGAGAGCGUGAUAGGGAGCGGGACUCUGAGCGGCGGAACCGCGAGAGGGAACGUGAGGAUGAGCAGAAGGCGCGCGAGCGCGCUCGCUUGGAGAAAUUGGCCGAGAGGGAGAGGGAGAUUGAGCUUUCUGCCAUCAAGGAGCAGUAUCUAGGGUCUAAGAAACCUAAAAAGAGGGUGAUUAAGCCUAGUGAGAAGUUCAGGUUCUCUUUCGAUUGGGAGAACACCGAGGAUACUUCGCGGGAUAUGAAUUCGCUCUACCAAAACCCUCACGAGGCCCGCCCUCUGUUCGGAAGAGGCCUCAGAGCAGGAAUUGACCGGAGGGAGCAGAAGAAGCUAGCUGCAAAGAAUGAGAAGGAUAUCCGGGAUGAGAUUCGCAAGAAGGAAGGCAUUGAGGAGACUCGUGAGGAAGCGGCUGCGCAGAAGAAGAAGGAGCAGGCUGCAGAUAUAUAUGAUACGUUUGAUAUGAGAGUAGAUCGUCAUUGGUCUGACAAGAAGCUCGAGGAAAUGACUGAGAGAGAUUGGCGGAUCUUUAGGGAAGAUUUCAACAUUUCAUACAAGGGCUCUAGGAUUCCUCGCCCUAUGAGAAGCUGGGAGGAGAGCAAGUUGGGUACUGAGUUGCUGAAAGCAGUUGAGAGGGCUGGAUACAAAACCCCAUCACCUAUUCAGAUGGCUGCUAUUCCACUGGGCCUGCAGCAGCGAGAUGUUAUUGGAAUUGCUGAAACUGGUUCAGGUAAAACAGCAGCUUUUGUUCUUCCUAUGCUGACUUACAUAACCAGACUUCCCCCAAUAAGUGAGGAUAAUGAGGCGGAGGGGCCAUAUGCUGUUGUGAUGGCACCUACUAGAGAGCUUGCGCAGCAAAUUGAGGACGAGACUGUGAAAUUUGCCCAUUACUUGGGGAUUAAGGUUGUUUCUAUUGUUGGUGGUCAGUCCAUAGAAGAACAGGGGUUUAGGAUUAGGCAGGGUUGUGAAGUUGUGAUUGCUACACCUGGACGUCUUCUUGAUUGUUUGGAGAGGCGAUAUGCAGUGCUGAACCAGUGUAACUAUGUGGUCCUUGAUGAGGCAGAUAGGAUGAUUGAUAUGGGUUUUGAACCGCAAGUUGUUGGUGUGCUUGAUGCAAUGCCUUCGAGUAACAUGAAACCGGAGAAUGAGGAUGAAGAGCUUGACGAUAAAAAGAUUUACAGAACCACUUAUAUGUUCAGUGCUACCAUGCCCCCUGCUGUGGAGCGACUCGCGAGGAAGUACCUGAGAAAUCCAGUUGUUGUCAAUAUUGGCACUGCAGGAAAGGCAACCGACCUUAUUACACAGCAUGUUAUGAUGACGAAGGAGAAUGAUAAGAUGGAUAGACUGAGAAGAUUGCUUGAUGAUCUUGGUGAUAAGACUGCUAUUGUGUUUGUUAACACAAAGAAGGUUGCGGAUAAUGUUGCUAAAAAUCUGGAUAAAGAUGGCUACAGGGUCACCACAUUGCACGGUGGGAAGUCUCAAGACCAGAGAGAAAUAAGCCUCGAGGGUUUUAGGACGAAGAGAUAUAAUGUUCUGGUAGCAACUGAUGUCGCCGGGCGUGGUAUUGAUAUACCUGAUGUUGCACAUGUUAUAAACUAUGACAUGCCUGGUAAUAUUGAAGCAUACACUCAUCGUAUUGGAAGAACAGGUCGUGCUGGAAAGACUGGUACAGCUACCACUUUCUUGACUAUGCACGACACAGAUGUCUUUUAUGAUCUCAAGCAAAUGUUGAUCCAAAACAACAGUCCUGUCCCCCCAGAGCUUGCGAGACACGAGGCUUCCAAGUUCAAACCCGGUUCAGUUCCUGAUAGACCGCCCAGGCGGAACGACACUGUUUUUGCUCAUUGAAUCUUGCAGGUUUUUUGAGUUUGCAAUACUGCUGCAGUUAAAGAAGGGAUUGAUCCUAGAAAGGCUGGCAUCUGGAACGACAACAUCAAUGCUGUAGGAAGUUGGAGUACAUCUUUAGAUGGUUGUGCUACUGUGUGGCCUCUUAGGUCUGAUGAUCUCCACACCGAUCUAUAUGAGAUUUACUUUAGAUGACAGUUUAAUAAAAUAAAAACUAGUAGUAUGAUUUUAUCUACAUAUAAACACUGUACAAGGGUCUUAUUAGUCUGUAACUUUUAUGUCUUCGUUA